GCCGCCAUGGCGGCGGUGCCCGGCGGUCGCCGCUCCGGGUCUGCAGCGGGCGCCCACUUCUUCUGCACCGCGGGCCGCGGCCUGGAGCCCUUCCUGAUGCGGGAGGUGCGGUCGCGGCUGGCGGCCACGCAGGUUGAAUAUAUUUCAGGAAAAGUUUUUUUCACCACCUGUUCUGACUUGAAUAUGCUGAAAAAAUUAAAAUCUGCAGAAAGGUUAUUUUUACUGAUUAAAAAGCAGCUUCCGUUGAAUGUUUCUUCUGUAAGUAAAGGAAAAAUAUUUAAUGAAAUGCAGAAACUUACAAAUGAUGAUCCUGAAAGUUGGUUGAAUGCCAUUUCAAUUUGGAAAAAUCUUCUUGAACUUGAUGCAAAAAAGAUAAAACUUUCUCAAAAAAAUGCUAACUCACUAAAAAGAAAAGUGGGAGAAAAUGACAUCAUUGCUAAGAAAUUGAAAACAGAACAAAUGCAAGAGAUACAAGAGAAUAAGGAAUGCCAACUGGAAAAACAAAUAGAAGAAGAAACACUGGAGCAAGGAAAUUUUACCACUAAAAGAGACAAAUCUCAAGAAGAACUUCAGAACGAUGUAGCAGAAGCAGUUGAUACUCAUAACCAGAACGACUUAACUUUCAGAGUUUCCUGUCGCUGCAGUGGAGCCAUUGCAAAGACCUUUACUGCACAGGAGGUAGGAAGAGUAAUUGGAAUUGCUCUCAUGAAACAGUUUGGAUGGAAAGCAGAUUUGAGGAAUCCAAAUUUAGAGAUCUUUAUACAUCUAAGUGACAUUUACUCUGUGGUGGGAAUUCCUGUGUUCAGGGUUCCUUUAGCCAGCAGAGCUUACAUCAAGACAGCAGGACUGAGAUCUACCAUAGCGUGGGCAAUGGCCUCUCUUGCAGAAAUUAAGGCUGGUGCAGUUGUUUUAGAUCCAAUGUGUGGACUUGGAACAAUACUUUUGGAAGCUGCUAAAGAAUGGCCAGAUGUGUAUUACGUGGGUGCUGACGUCAGUGACUCACAGUUGCUAGGUGCAUGUGACAAUCUGAAAGCUGCAGGCCUUAAGGAUAAAAUUGAGUUACUUAAAGUCUCUGUGAUAGAAUUGCCAUUGCCUUCAGAAAGUGUCGAUAUUAUUAUUUCCGAUAUUCCAUUUGGGAAAAAGUUUAAGUUAGGAAAAGACAUCAAACACAUUAUACAAGAAAUGGAAAGAGUGCUUUGUGUUGGCGGGACCAUUGUGUUGUUGCUUAGCGAAGAUCACCACAGGCGCCUUAAAGGUUGUGAAGAGAGCAGCGUCCCUUUGAAUUCCAAGGGCAGCCGCACAGAUAAACCUGGAAGCACAGAGUGCUUGAAUCCUGAAGAAAAAGCUGCCAUAUCAGAGCCAGUGUCAUCUUCAUUUGCAGCCAGUAACCAGGAGUGCUUGGACAGAAUGCCACCAUUCGGCUCUUUGGUGCCAGUGGAAUGCUACAGAGUUAGCCUUGGAAAAACAGAUGCGCUCAUAUACAAAUACAAGAAGUCGCACUCCCCUGGGCAAUAGCAGGCUUGCUGCUGUAAGCCAGGUUCAAGUCCUUAUACGUCAGCUGUACAGAGUGGAAGAUGGUUGUCUCUGGAAUCUUGACAGUGCCAGAGGCUUCCAAGUAAACAGACCCCCCCUAAGACAGGGCCGUGGCUGCUGGACACCUGUUCUUAAUAAGAGCUUCUGUUUUACACUCUAAAGAGUGUUUCUGACAAAGAACAAUUAAUGGAUAUUUGAACUAAAGGACUCUUAAACUUCGCCUUCUGUCAGAGUAUGAAAAGGUCUGCUCUGCUUGCACCAUUUAUGAGCAGAAAAUUCAACUUCAAAGCAAAAGUUUUCAGAGGCUCACCAUAAAGUAUAUCUCACUCAUCACAAGUUUAGUAAUAUUUUCACUGUCACAUUUUUUGAAAUGUAGAAACUUUUAUGUUUUGAUAUCAACUUCUUUUGAUAUUAAACUUGAUUUUUUGAACCUGUCAUUUUCUUCUCUGUUGGAAUGAAAAUAACUUUUAUUUGCAGUACAUUUUAUAUGUCCCAUAUUAUGUAAAACAUCAGUGGGAAUAAUAAUAUGAAUUAAGCCAAUAUCCUCCAACAUGACGGAAGAUAAACUUUUUUUUGUGAAAGUAUUAAUAAAUUGUCACCUCACUCUCAUUUAAA